UUUAAGAAGCUCAAUGAGGAAUUCUGCCAUGACUAUGAAUUGAAACUCUCAAUGCGAUGAAGAGUCUUCUCAAAAUAGCCAAUGAGAUUCAAGAAUAUUUAAUGAAACAGGACUUCUAAACUUCAAACAAGAGUUGGACUCUCCAUUUGCAUUCAAUGAAGAUCUGAAUUUAUUUGAUGAUGUUCAUCCUUCAGAUAAUCUAGAUAUGCAAGAACAAGGAAAUCUCGGAGUUUCGAAGUCCACUCAUGAAAGCCAAGAGAAGAUAUCUAAAUCCCAAUCCUCUUCAAACAUCAACUCGGACUGCAAUAACUUUAAGACUUCUAAGACAGAGCAGUUAAUUGAAGAGCUUGCAGAUAUACAAAAUUGAAAAGGGUCCCCCAGAAGUAGAUGGGGCAGAGAAAAAGAUAAAAUUCUGUUUCAAGAAAUUAGAUUACUUGAACGCACUGAUAAGCUUUCAAUACCUGAUAUUCUUGCACUAAAAACUCAAGAAGACUGUCUCAAAGAUGAUGAUUUUAUGAAUCUACGAAACAGAGUAGGGUGGAAUGCUGCUCCAAAGAAACUACUAGCAAGAAUUAAAUAUUGUUGAAGUACUGAUUUUUCAUGAAGAGAGAUUAAACUCCUCAAAAAGAUUCUCAAAUAAAGAGCACUUUCAUGAUCAAAUCGAUCUGGAAAAGAUAAUUUACCACUUCCCAGGUAAAACUAUGACUAGCCUUAAGAAAGUUAUUGAGACUCUUACAGAAUGAAGAAAAAACAAAGUUUUGAGCAAGUUCAAAAAUUCAGAGCUUUUCAAAUAGGUGCAUUGAACAAAAAAAUAAUAUUUGGAUAAACAUUUACUCAU